CCAGCCUCCGCGGACAAGAGUGUUUUGAAUUCUGUCCCUUUUCGAUCGGUAGAGGCUGUGCGGCUGCAACUUUCGGUACUUUAUCAAAUUAACGUGACUUUGGUGACUUAGGUACUAAUUACUACUAUAAACGGUCUAAAUCCGAGACACUACAAGUCUAGACCUAGCAACUUGCACCCUAACUAUAGAACCUCAACUGCACCCCGAAUAAACUUUUUUCCAGUGAUACAGCGCCAUCCCUAGCCACAACUAGGUAUAGAUCAGCAGGUCUCUACCUUUUAGGUCGAAGGGCGUUUUUCACAUAUGUCCCGCCACAUCCAGACUUCACAAGUUCCCAAAGCAUGCGGCAAGGCGGCAAAUCCCCGGGCAGUCAAAGGCAUCCGGCAACCAGCAGCGUUUGGGACCCUCACGACUUUCCCAUUAUAGCACGCAUAUUCCGCCCGAAAACGCAUCCGAGUGGAUGGCGAAUGGUCUUGGAAAGUAGGAAAACACCUCGGAGAGCCCACAGUUAGCUGGGGGGUAGUUAUGGGGGUUGCCCCGCAAGACCGUGGCCUGCUACGUACGAUGCAGUAUCUCCCGGUCCAUUAAUAAAAUCUGUUUAUUUAAUUUUUACCAGGGUGUAACCGGUAUAGCUCGAUUGCGCCAUCGAGACGAUCAACCACUGGUCACCCAUUACCAAGGGGCUUGAUAGUUCCAACGUGCUUACAUAUCACGUCUGACAGGAGUGAUGCGUCCUUUUUACUGCCUUGUGUCCCUUUCUUCUACACAUUUAUAACAAAACAAAAGAACAAAAAUAUUCAUGUUCCUGGGUACCUGACGUACAAAGUCGAAUCGCCGUCCCUGUCUUUUGACUUGCCUGGUCAACACAUCCUGGUUACAACAAGUCUUCUUACUAGAACUAGACCUAGGACGAAUUUAUUCUAGGGUCUAGGCAGAUUUGAUUGACAUCUUGGAUACUAUCUACCGCCAUAAAGACACCAGGCCAAAACACCCAACACUGCGACGCCAUAUUUGGACCCUUGUUGUUUCUUACCAACAUCUGACCACCCAACGUUUUUUUCAGCCUACCUAGCUUGAAAGCAUCCCGUGGUUCAGCUUUUCUGCAGGGAUCGUAAGGGCCUUACGCAGGCGAGCGCGCGUGCGAUACUCGUGCCCAUUGGGCGCCUGUAUAAAGCAGCCAAACCUUUUUUUUACUGCCAAGUGAGGUUUAAAUAGGCAGAAGCCUCCCUCUUGUGCAUUACCGGGUCUCUCGGCGAUUACGCCAUUUCAGAAGCCGCACGUUUUCAGCUACCAUGUCGACCACUGGCGCCAAGGUCGGACAGGGCUUGGCAGCAGCUCUGGGUAUCAAACUGCGCAACAACGAGCCCUAUCAGGACGAAGUUACUCGAGGCGAAUCCAUCCUGUCCGUGCAGACUGCCGAUACGUUUGUCGAGACGAGGCCGACGACCAAGGAAUUCUUUCAGGAGCUGGUACCGAGCGGAAAGGAUGUCGCUACCUACACGAGGUCGCUCUUUCCUUUUCUUGAUUGGAUAGGAAAAUACAACUUGCAAUGGUUGCUUGGUGAUCUUGUUGCCGGCAUCACCAUCGGCGCCGUGGUGGUCCCGCAAGGAAUGGCAUACGCCGUCCUCGCCAACUUGGAGCCGCAGUUUGGACUGUACUCUUCGUUUAUGGGAGUCUUGAUCUACUGGUUUUUCGCGACAUCCAAAGAUAUCACGAUCGGCCCCGUCGCCGUCAUGUCGACACUUGUUGGUGGCAUCGUCAUUGAGAUGAAGGAAAAGUUCCCCGAAGUCCCCGGGCACGUCGUCGCAUCAGCCUUGUCCAUCAUCACAGGUGCAAUCGUCCUGUUCCUCGGCCUUACGAGGACGGGCUUCAUUGUGGACCUGAUCAGCUUGACGAGUCUGUCGGCCUUCAUGACGGGCAGCGCCAUCAGCAUCGUCAUUGGUCAAAUCCCAACCAUGAUGGGAAUCUCGGGCGUUUCAACGCGCGACGCAUCUUAUCUGGUGCUGAUCAACACACUCAAGAAUCUCAAAACGACCAAACUCGAUGCGGCGAUGGGAUUGUCGGCUUUGGCGAUGCUCUACAUCAUCAGGUCGGCUUGCUCGUUUGGGGCAAAGAAGUGGCCCGAGAAGCAGAAGCUCUACUUCUUCUUGGGAACACUCAGGACCGUUUUUGUGAUCCUGCUGUACACCAUGAUCAGUUGGUUGGUUAACAUGAACCACCGGUCGGAUCCCAAGUUCAAGAUUCUGAAGGAUAUUCCUGGAGGAUUCCAAAACGCCGCAGUACCCGUCGUUGAAACUCGUGUUAUCGGCGCAAUGGCCAGCAACCUCCCCGCUGCCGUCAUUGUUCUCCUGAUAGAGCAUAUCGCCAUCUCCAAGUCCUUUGGCCGCGUGAACAACUACAGCAUCAACCCGUCGCAAGAGAUGGUUGCCAUUGGUGUGACUAACCUCCUUGCCCCUUUUCUGGGUGGAUAUCCGUCGACUGGCUCCUUUAGCCGUACGGCCAUCAAGUCAAAGGCAGGCGUGCGCACUCCCUUUGCGGGAGUCAUCACUGCCGUCGUGGUGCUUUUGGCCAUCUACGUCCUCCCGCCAGUCUUUUUCUACAUUCCAAGUGCAUCGCUCGCCGCCGUCAUUAUCCACGCCGUCGGCGAUUUGAUCACGCCUCCCAACACCUUGUACCAGUUCUGGUGCGUCUCGCCGCUCGAAGUUUUGAUCUUCUUCAUCGGUGUCAUCAUCACCGUCUUCUCGACCAUCGAGAACGGCAUCUACGCGACCGUGGCCAUUUCGGCGGCGAUCCUCCUCGGCCGCAUCCUCAAGGCGCGCGGCCGCUUCCUCGGCCCCGUCAGGGUUCACUCGGUCCUCGAUGACAGGAUCAUCGGCGACGACCACCGCGAGUACGGCACCUUUGGGCAGACCGGAACAGGCACCGGUGGCGCCUCGACCAGAAACAUCUUCCUGCCCAUCGACCACGGCGACGGCUCCAACCCGGACGUCGAGGUCGAGAGCCCCUACCCGGGAGUCUUCAUCUACCGCUUCACCGAGGGGUUCAGCUACCCCAACGCCUCGCACACGCUCGAGUACCUGACGCGGUACGUGUUUGCGCACACGCGCCGCACCAACCUGACGCAGUACGCCCGCCCGGGCGACAGGCCAUGGAACGACCCCGGGCCGUCCAAGCGGGAGCUGAAGCGGGCGCAGCGCAGCGGCGGAAACCUGCACAUUGCCGGCGAGAACCCGGACCUGCCCACGCUCAAGGCCAUCAUUCUCGACUUUAGCAGCGUCAACCACGUCGACGUCAGCAGCGUGCAGCAGCUCAUCGACGUCCGCAACCAACUAGACCGCUACGCGGCCCCGGACCCCGUCGACUGGCACAUCGCCUGCAUCGGCAACCGGUGGACGAAGCGCGCGCUCGUUGCGGGCGGUUUCGGAUAUCCGACUCCCCGCGACGAGGGCUCCCACCGGUGGAAGUCCAUCUUCUCGGUCGCCGAGAUUGGAGGCAGCGACAGCGCGGCCGCGGUGGCGGAGAAGGAGGAGGAGCAGGAGAGGAGGCACGCGGCGGCCAGCGACGCCGACGACCUGGAGAAGGGUGUCAACGUCGCGCCGGUGCACAAGGCGACGGACGGGACGGAGACGCCCAGGACGGAGGCCAGCUCGACCGAGACGGAGCGGGCUGCCGCGGCGUCUGGUGCGGGGCUCAAGGGCUUGAGGCCGGCGGCGCGGGCGGUUACUGUCCAUGGGCUCAACAGGCCGCUGUUUCAUGUCGAUUUGACGAGCGCGUUGCAGUCUGCCAUUGCCAAUAUCGAGGCCAGGAGAGGUGGGGAUGGGCUGUGAUUGUGGGAUGUUUAAUUAUACCCUGGUAGUUUUGUUUUAAAUGAUGAUUGAAUAUGGGAAUGUGUUUUGUUUUUGUCGAGGUUUAAAAGCUUGCAUUAGCUUGGCGUUUUUGUUUUGGUGCGGCGUCUUGCACAAAAAAGUCUUGUCAUGUUCCGGACCUUGCUCCGGCUUGUUAAAUCUAUCCACCACCCCGGAAUAACAAGGUGCUUAUCGAGAUCAAAGAUGGC